CAUCGGCGCCGCCUGCGCCAUGGCCCUCGCCCAGGCCGGCGCCUCGUGCUGCCUCGUCGUCCGUCCGGGGAAAUCGGCCCAGGAGAACAAGAGCUACCUCGAGGCGCUUCCCACAGACCAGGGACAGCAGCACUGCCUCCUCAUCACCGACCUCGGCGACAUGGCCGAGGUCAAGACGGCGUUUGACAAGGCACUCCAGCUUCCCGAGAUGGGCGGCCGCAUCGACAUUCUCGUCAACUGCGGCGGAAUUCAGCGCCGCCACGACUCGACCGAGUUUCCCGAGGACGAUUGGGAUGAGGUCAUCAACGUCAACCUCAAGUCCGUCUUUCUCCUCUGCCAGGCCGCAGGCAGGCACAUGGUCCCGCGUCGGUCUGGGAAAAUCGUCAACUUUUGCAGCCUCCUCUCUUUCCAGGGCGGCCUGCGCGUGCCGGCCUAUGCCGCGUCCAAGGCGGCGGUGAGUAACAUAACGAAAUCGCUGAGCAACGAGUGGAGUCAGCACAACGUCCAGGUCAACGGCAUCGCCCCCGGCUACAUUGCCACGGACAUGAACGAGAAGCUGCUCAGCGACGCGACUCGGCUCCGUCAGAUCACCGAGCGCAUCCCCGCCGGCAGGUGGGGUCUGCCCGACGACUUUGCCGGCCCGCUCCUGUUCCUCUGCAGCAAGGCGAGCCAGUAUGUAUGCGGCGAGACACUCGUCGUCGACGGCGGGUGGAUGGGACGAUGAAUGCUGUCAGAUUAGCUUGGGAUACAAGUACUAUUACUACUCAAUACAAGUUUCAC